GCUCUCUUGUCUAUGUAAAAUACCAUAGAUAUAUCUAAUCUAUUACCACAGAUUAAGUAUGGAUUAAGUAAAACACUAAAUAAACAUUAAGAUUUGUUAUUAAAAUUUAUUGCAUAUUUAUUGUGUUAUGGAGCAUGAGGAAAAUAAUGUUAGCGAGAAUGUAUUUAUUCCAACUACAAAUACCCGAAAUGAAAACCAGUUGGAGUAUUCUCAUGCAAUGGAUAUAGACAAAGAGUCAAGUCAAGAUGAAUUUAUUUCUGAAUUACCUGUAGAGUGCUUGUCUUCAGAGUUAAAUCAGUUAGACCCGUUUCUUGCUAUUUGUAUGGAUGAAUCUACAGCUGAAGAUAACUUAGAUAUCCCUUGUACAUCUACACAAGAAUCAAAUAAUUCUGCUGAACAAGAAUGUUCUAGUUUAAAGCAGUCUCCAUCACUAAGUUGCCAAAAACGCAAGAGACAUAGAUCGAACGUUCCACCACAUAUUAAAGCAUUGAUAGGUGAAGCAAAUUUACGAUUUGCUCGUGGAGAUACUGAAACUGCUGAAAAAAUAUGUUACGAAGUUAUAAGACAAUGUCCUCGUGCUUCCGAGGCUUUUCUAACACUUGCACAACUACUUGAAGCUAAAGAUCCAGAUAAAAGUUUGCAAUUAUACUUUAUGGCCGCAGUUACCACUAGAAAAGACAUUACAUUGUGGACCAAUACAGCAGAAAGAGCAGUUGAACGUAAUAAUAUAAAUCUAGGCAUAAGCUGUUACAAUUUUGCCAUAAAUGCCGAUAAAGAAAAUUGCACAUUACAUAAAAAACGUAUAUGCUUACUAGAGAAACUAGAAAAUAAGAAUACAUUAAUAAAGGCAUGUGUUAGAUAUCUAGCUUUGCUGAUGCAAAAAAAUGAUAAAGAAUUAUUGGAAAUUUCUUUAAAAUUAGCAAUACUGUACAGUGAAGCAAAUGAUUACAAAAAAGCUAUUGAUACUUUAGACAUUUCAUUCAAGAAGUUCCCUGAUAUGGUAACUCCUGAGAUGGUUAACAUAAUGUUGGAUUUACUUAUUAAUACUGAAAACUAUACUUAUUGUCUGGAUAUUUUUUUCCAGUACUGUAAUAUAGAGAUAGAAGUUAUUAUAGGUGAAGAAAAUUGUAUUAACAUUAUUUCAUGUACAGUGCCCGAUAACAUACCUAUAGACUUCCGGGUAAAGUUCAUAAUGUUGCCGAAGCUUUGAUGUCUGCAAAAAAAUAUGAAAUUGCCUUAAAAGUUCUCAAGCCAUUAAUAGAGAAUGAAAAACUUUCUCUUCCUGCUGUUUGGUUAAAAUAUG